UUUAUAUAAAUACAAACAGUGAACAUCUUUUAUUUAAAUGUCAAGAGUCAGCUAAAAUUUUGUUUGUUAGUCACAAUGGAAAUAUAACCUGUUAAAAAACUAAUUAUUUCCUCAAACAUUUAAGUGAGUGUGUUGGAAUGAAAUAAAUAAAAAUAGCGACCACUAUUGUUCUUUCAACUUCAACAUUAAUAAUUUUUACAAAAUGUUUUCCAAUGGUUUGACCUGCAAUUUACCGUUUAGUUGUAUGAGUGUAAGAGACUCGGGUUCCGAUGAAUUACUUCCGAAUAAAAUGUCUCGUGAGCCUGUAUUGUUAAAUGUGUAUGAUAUGUACAAAAUUAAUGAAUUUACAAGUAAUAUCGGUCUGGGGGUAUUUCAUUCCGGCGUUGAAAUAUAUGGUACCGAGUAUGCUUACGGCGGACAUCAGUAUUCAUUCACAGGAAUCUUUGAAAAUAUACCUAGGGAUGAAAAAGAAUUAGGAGAACAGUUCAGAUUUAGACAAACAAUUCACAUAGGCUAUACAGAUUUUACGGAAGAAGAUGUUAAAAGAAUUAUUAAUGAAUUAGGAAAAGAAUUUAGAGGAGACCGUUAUCAUCUUAUGAAUAAUAAUUGUAAUCAUUUUUCAGGAGCCUUUUGUAAAAUUCUAAGCGGACAAGAUAUUCCACCAUGGGUAAAUAGACUGGCAUAUUUCAGUAGUUGGGUACCAUUUUUGGAACGCUGCCUACCAAAAGAAUGGUUGAUGCCGAUGGCGUUACAGCAUUCAAUAAAUUGUCGACAAGAUUCAACGUGUUCAGAUGCCUCUACAUCGCCGUUUUAAUCCAAAACGGAACCAGAAGGUUCUUUCGGAAAACAAUUUUGUUUAUUUUUUACCGUCUAUAUAUUCAUUAUAUUUAACAAUAAUUUUAAUUUUUCGAACUGAUCUUUUAUAAUUUAUACGAUUUUUGAAAUAUAUGCCAACUAAUAGAAAAAAAAAUGAUUAUAAUAAAAAUUUCGUAAAAAAUAUCGAAUACUCGAUGUGGAUCAAUUAUUACAAUUUUUGAUAUCAUCCUGGACGAUGGUAAUAAAACUAUUUUAAAUUAGAAGCAGUUUCAAUUUUUCUAUUUUUACCACAAUAAUUGAUCAACGGAAUUGGAUAUUUGACGAAAAUUGUAACAGACUAUGCAUUUUUUUUAUUUUAUAUUCUUUAAUAUAUUGUAUGUUACGUAUAGUAUUUUGCAAUACACACCUUUUUUAAGUCA